AUGUCGAAGAUCAUCGUGAUCUCUUUUUUUUUAAAUUUCUGUGAGGUUGGUAGCGACGACAUGGCUACAGCUAGAAAGGAAGAGGCGAUACCACCUGGUAGUGGUGCAAGCCCAACUGGAUCUAGAGCUGGGUUGUUCAGGACACCAAUUUCAGGUGGUGUGCAUAGUGCAACAUCUGCUCAUGACUUGCCUCCACCCGCCUUGGCUGUUCGUAACCUGAUGGAACAGGCCAGGUUUGCUCAUCUAUGUACUGUGAUGUCUCGGAUGCAUCACCGCCGUGCAGGGUAUCCAUUUGGUUCUUUAGUCGAUUUUGCAGCUGAUUCAAUAGGCCAUCCUAUUUUUUCGCUUUCUCCAUUGGCCAUCCACACCAGGAACUUAUUGGCAGAUUCAAGAUGCACUCUUGUUGUGCAAAUUCCAGGGUGGAGUGGGCUAUCAAAUGCUCGUGUGACAAUAUUUGGUGAUGUUUUCCCUCUUCCUGUUGACAAACAGGAAUGGGCUCGUCAACAAUUCAUUUCAAAACACCAACAGUGGGCAUCUCAACAAUGGGGGAACUUUUAUUAUUGCAGGAUGGAUACCAUAAGCGAUGUAUAUUUCAUUGGAGGAUUUGGAACUGUCCAGUGGAUCGAUGUCAAGGAGUAUGAAAGCCUUCAACCUGACAAGAUUGCUGUUGAUGGUGGAGAGCAAAACUUGAAAGAACUUAACGCAAUCUUCUCGAAGCCGCUUAGAGAAAUCUUAUCUACUGAAGGAGAGAUAGAUGAUGCAGCUCUCAUAUCAGUAGACAGCAAGGGUACAGAUAUUCGGGUUCGACAGGGUGCUCAGUUUAACAUUCAGAGGUUGUCAUUUGAAGUGGAGCAUGGUGUUGGGACUUUGGAGGAGGCUAAGAAAGCUCUUCAGAAAAUAAUCAACAGAGGGUGUAAUCAGAGAAAAAAAUUAUAAAAGUUGAUCUGAACAACUCUGUUACCGUUUGUCAAACAGAGUAGAAAUAUAAGGCCACUUGAAAUAAAUGAGAUAUUCCAGCUGCUGUUGCUGUUGCUGUUGCUGUUGCUGUUGCUGCUGCUGUUGCUAUUGCUGUUGCUGUUGCUAUUGCUGGUGAGUGAAAACCCACCAUUUCUCUUAAGUGAUAGAAGAGUAAUUGUAUAACUUUUAUGGUUUGUAUAUGUAAUCUUUCAUUGUUAUAGUUUGUAAAGUUUGUUAGAGAUUCAGUGUGGCAAUUUAGAAAUAAAAUUCCUAAGUAAAUGCAUAUAUUAAAUGUGAUUUUCUUGUUUUUUGCA